AUGGAACAAAUUGAAGGUAAAAAUAAAGAGAAGCUGAAGCGUCCGUAUGAUUCUUUUAUUGAUGUGGUCAAGGAAAUAAAAUCUGUUGCUAAAGAAAGACAUAUCGUCUUUGUUGAAGUUGUUAAAAAGGUGAAAGAGGAUGUAAAUUCGAAGAUUAAGUUGAUUCGUGUUGAUAUGACACAUGAGGUUUGGAAGCUUGAUCACGAUUAUUCAAAUCUUACUACUAAGAAUUAUCGAUUCCCUGCUACUCAAGCUAACAAUGUUGCAUUCGACUUCUCUUUAGAAGACACUCCUUUAAUGAAUAUAAAUGAUCUCAUCGGUGUUGCAAGGAUAUUGAAAGGAGUGUCUUUCUAUGACAUAUGUGGAACUUUCUCUUGCAAUGGGUCGUCAAGUCACUGUGCCCCAAUCUAUGCUAAAGGAGACAAGAAGAGUUUUACAUAUGUCAACCAUGAUGCUAAUGACUUAGGAUUCGACACUGCUCACAAAGGGGGAGAAUGUUGGCGUCGAAGACAAAUUCGGUCUCCUAUUUACCGGUUCUUACAUUGUCUGAUCACUUUCUAUAUUAUCCAUAAAUAUCAUGGCGACAAGGUGCCUUUACAAAAUUUGUUCCAUAUUUGGAGCAUCAUCACGCCAGGAGCUUUCUGUAGCCUACCAUAUAUGCUUGCAAGAUUUUUAGGGACAAAGGCGGCAACUUCUCGUCCUCGUAGUCCUAUUACUGGUGGACAUUUUGUGACUCACCUAGCCCAUUCAUAUGGGAUUCUUGAGUCUUAUGCGAGUUGUGGUGAAUACUGGCGGGGGAUAUGUCAUAUCCCUGGAAGAUGA